GUCAGCUGAUAACUAACCUUUAUCGCCGGUUUAAUAGGCUGCGCCUGCGCCGCCCGGUGCCGCGCGCGGACUCGAACUCGCAGUCCGGACCUACUAGCUGGCCGCGCCGCAAGGCUCACUGUGCAGUGGAUAUUAUAAGAAAACGUAUUAAUUUAGUACAUCAGUAAAUAAAUAAACUUUAUGUACUAGUUUGUGUUUCGUGUUUUUGAAAGAUGAUGACAAAACUGACAGCCCUGCUGAUCCUCGCUUACCUAAACGAGGCGUUAAACAUUCCACUACGUCAGUACAGAGAGCUGAAGUCCAGCAACGAGCUGCUUGUCCCGCAGCAGCACUCCACCCUUUCCAGCCACGUGGUGCUGCACACGUCCUCGCGAGAGAAGAAGAGCCCCAACAUCAUCUCCAUCCCAAUACAACAGCUGCUGAUACCGAAGUACCACGUGAUACCGCUACACCACGGAGCGCAGUCCAACGUCCACCACAGUACUGUACACACCAAUGUCAAGCAUAUCAUCACACACGACAAUAUUAAGAUCCCGAUCAUAUCACAGACGGUGUCACAUAGUACUGCGAACAUUACCCACCCAACAUCAAUAAUACCUAUCUUAAUACCCAUUCAUCAUAACCUAGUACCGGUACAGGAUUUGUCGGUGAUCCCGCUGCAGAAAAACAUUCAUAAAGAUACGAAGUUGGAACACUACUCGGUGAUGGAGAAGAAGGAUAGCAAUAACAAUGAGGACGAGAUGAACAGGUUCCGCACGUUCUACGGCGGUUUCGGAACUGGGCUGUUUUUCGGCGGCCAGGGAGCGGGGCAUGGGUUCCAUAUAUUUGGGUAGCAGAUUUUAAUUUUAAUGUAUCUGUAAGGCGUGUUUCUAGUUAAAUAAAUUA